AUGCUCGCUGCGGUCGUGGUUGAUAUCGCUGCGGCAGGCGGCGCGCGGUGUAUCGACCGCGGCCUCGCGCACCCGCUACUAACUCAUCCAGCGCCGGAUCGGCGGACGUCGGCGCCGGCGCAGCCUGAUCGGCGCCCGCACCUCUCCGCCUGCUUGCCUGCCCUCUCGAUCGCACGACACCACGAAACGGCACUUUCCAAACUGAGAGUUUCUUUCGCCAGGAGCCUUUCACGCAUCGUCGAGUCUUUAAUUCCUCUUAUAAUU